ACUCAACCAGGACCCAUUGGAACGCUUUUUUGGAGUCGUGAGGUCGUUUGGCGGUGAUGAAGAUCACCCUACGAUAGGACACUUCGGCCAAAUAUUCAGGCUUUUGAGCCUCUACACUCCCUUGAAGAUGGCGACGAAAGGAAAUUGUGCUGGCGAUGCAGAUCCCGUUCUUGUCAGCGUGGAGGAGAGCCUAAGCUCGAAGAGGCUUGAAGUUCUUCAGCAAAAAAAGGAACGAGAGGACAAGCUUGGACAGCUCAUCCACACAAUUGCGUUAGAGAAGUUGCCAGAAGGGAACCCAAACCAGCACAGCUAUGGCCGACCCACUGCAACUGAUGCUGCCCCGUACUACCUUGCAGGAUACGUAGUAAAGAAAGCAGGAAAGUUUUCCAGCUGCCAUGAGUGUAAGGCCACUCUUCUUGCCACGGAUGGUGUACCACCUGCAGCCAUUUUCACCGAGAUGCGCUCCUUUGUCCCGGGUGCCCUCCAGCUGCCAUCGAAAGCCCUGACAGCACUGCUUACGCGCAUUGAGAAAGCUAUAGCUGUAAGAACCAAGUCCAACGUGGUGUUUGGAGACUUGUUUCGGUGCACUGUCGAAGACUUGACAAAAGGCGGCAGCCUUGUAGAGAGAGGUUGGGUGUUCUAG